AUGCCAAGUAAAGAGUGGAACGAGUUCUUCGCUCCAAUGGAGACAUGGUUCAAAAUCUCUGAUAGAGAAGCCGUUGUUAUCUGUCUACAGGUCUGGACUUCAUUCAUAAGUUUUGCUGCUCCCAAACUGAGUACUGGUGCCUUGCGAGAAAAACUUCUUGGAACUUUCUCUAAACCAUUGCGUUCUCAUGCGGUUAUGAACAAAUUGUCAACACCAGCGCCAAUAAUUUCUGCUUAUAUAGCCCUGAUCUCUGCAUUCCGUAGUAGCGUUGAUGAGAGAUUCGAAGAGUUAAUCGUUUGCUUUCUACGAUUCAUUACUGGUAAAGCAGUGGUUGCACUGGAGGAUGUGAACGUCAUCGAGGAUGAGAUAGCCAAGCCGAUCAACGAGAACAACUUGAGGCUUAUACUCGAAGGACCUUCCUCGGACUUCAUGGACUAUCUAACUGAUCCAAGACCACAUCGCGUUUUUAAUAGUGACGCACUUACGCAUGUAUUUCCGUUGAUCUGUUCGGUGCUUGGAGUUCAAGAGUCUAUCCAAGGAGUUCCUGUAUGUGCCAACGUUCCAGCGCUAAUGAUGAAAUAUGGGGUUCUCCUCACUCAGGUUGUUCGUUUCGCUGGUCACGUAUCCGCUUGUGAACGCUAUGGUCUAUGGAAGGAAGGCAGGCGCGGUUCGGCUUGA